AUGGUGUUAGGCUUACCUGGUUUCUCAGAAAAAGAAGGAGUAUGUGAAGGCUGUGUGUAUGGUAAAAGCCAUAGAGAACCAUUUGAGAAUGAGAAGCCUUGGAGAGCUAAGAAUCCACUUGAGUUGAUACACACGGAUGUAUGUGGUCCAAUGCAAAAUGAGUCCAUUGGAGGAAAUAAAUACUUCAUCACAUUCGUUGAUGACUAUUCAAGAAUGUGUUGGGUAUAUUUUCUCAGAAACAAGUCAAGUGUGAUAAGUGUGUUCAAAAAGUUCAAAGCUUUUGUUGAGCUACAAAGUGGAUUCAAUUUAAAGAAACUAAGAAGUGAUAGAGGUGGAGAAUACACUUCACAUGAAUUCCUUGAGUAUUGCAGUGAUCUUGGCAUGGAGAGGCAAUUGACUAUUGCCUACUCACCUCAGCAAAAUGGGAUUGCUGAAAGAAGAAACAGAACCAUUUGUGAAAUGGCAAGAUCAAUGAUGACUGAGAAGAAAAUUCCUAUAAAGUUCUGGGCUGAAGCAGUUGGUACUGCUGUGUAUCUGCAAAACAGGUGCUAUACCACUUCAGUUACAGACAAAACUCCAUUUGAAGCUUUUACAGGAAGAAAACCAGGUGUAAAACACCUGAGAGCGUUUGGAAGUAUUUGUUACAGUCACAUUCCAUCAAACCUUAGACAGAAGUUUGAUGACAAAGCAAGCAAAGGAAUUUUUAUGGGUUAUGGCAGCUGUGAGAAGGGUUACAGGGUCUAUAAUCUUCAAACUGAGAAGAUUAUACUCUCUAGAAGUGUUGUUUUUGAUGAGAACAAAUCCUGGAAUUGGGAAAGCAAGCAAGAUGAAACUGUUUCUGUGCCUUUCAUCUUUGAAAAUGGAAAUUCUGAGAUAGCUGAAACAGAAGAAGCCUCUCAUGAAAUUCAUGUUGACUUGUAUAUAGCAGAUUAG